GUCUAACGGAGGUGCGAAGGACGACUCAUUGUGGUAUAGAUGCAGCCAAACCGACAGUGGAUCAGAUCAUGGCGUCUUGGCAACGUGCUGUAUAUGCAUUGACAGUGGAAGACAUGGAUACUGCCUUAGAGAAUUUCAGACGUGGUUGGGGAGUACAGUACCGACGUCUUUGGGGGUAUAUGACAGCUGAGUGGUUACCAGUUAGACACAUGUGGGCUAAAUGUUAUACCAAUCAACUGCGGCAUUUGGGUAACACAAGCUCUAAUAGGGUUGAAGCUGCCCAUUCCUCCUUCAAGAAGUGGCUUCAAUCAUCUACUGGCGCAGUCGACACGGUAUACAAGAAGAACGAUGAUUACAUUGAGGCUCAACACCUUCAAAUCAGGAAGCUGCUGGAGGAUUCCCGACAAAAGAAGCUGCUCCGAGCGGAUGGAAAACCAUUUCGAGAGUUGAAUACGAAAGUCACUCUAGAAGCUCUGAGGUUGAUGUUGUUCGAGGUAGCAGUGGAAGGGGAACCUUGUACAUGUACGUUUCUUCCUACCUAUGGUCUCCCAUGUAGAUGUUCCAUUCAGUUAGCACGACGUGAAAAUCGGGAUUUCGCCUUGUAUGAUGUGUUGCCAUUCUGGACCGUUAUCAACUAUCGUGAACCUCCUACUCGGCCGGAGUGGGAUGACCAUAGUGAUUACCACCGUGGUGUGUUCCAAGGUCUAGUACAGGAGGUUCUUGAUAGAGGCGACGAGACCAUUCGAGGUGCAAUCGGCCUACUCCGGAGCCAUCUUCAUCCUGAAAAUGAUGGCAUUGAUGAACCGCAUGGGGGACAGCCCCGC